GCCCCUCUUGUCAGAUACCGACUCCCACGCAGGAAAAAGGAAGGCCCUUUCUGUCGGAUGCUGCGGCCACUUCCUCUUGAGCUGACUCCAGCCACUCUUUCACUUUGCAGAAUGAGGGGGCCGCCCGCCAUCAGCGGCCCGACUGCCUGUGCGCCAGGCCGCCGGCUCCCACCUCCCAGCCCUCCUCGGGAGCAGUGCGCUCCCAGAGUGUGAUGACUGGCGAGCAGAUGGCUGCCCUCCACCCCUCGUCGGCUCCCAACCCGCUGGAGAGGCCCAUCAAGAUGGGCUGGCUCAAGAAGCAGCGGUCCAUUGUGAAGAACUGGCAGCAGCGUUACUUCGUGCUCCGGGCGCAGCAGCUCUAUUACUACAAGGACGAAGAGGACACGAAGCCGCAGGGUUUCAUGUAUCUACCAGGAAGCACCAUCAAGGAAAUUGCCACAAACCCCGAGGAAGCUGGCAAGUUCGUCUUCGAAGUCAUUCCAGCAUCUUGGUACCAGAAUCGAGCGGGACAGGAUGCCUAUGUCCUCAUGGCCAGCUCCCAGGCAGAGAUGGAGGAGUGGGUCAAGUUCCUCAGGAGAGUGGCUGGCACUCCUUCUGGAGCGGUGUUUGGCCAGCGCUUGGAUGAAACUGUUGCCUAUGAACAGAAAUUUGGGCCCCACCUGGUGCCCAUCCUGGUGGAGAAGUGUGUGGAGUUCAUCUGGGAGCACGGCCUGAAUGAAGAGGGCAUCUUCCGCCUGCCCGGCCAGGACACCUUGGUGAAACAGCUGAGAGAUGCCUUCGAUGCUGGGGAGCGGCCCUCCUUUGCCAGGGACACAGAUGUACACACAGUGGCCUCACUGCUAAAGCUCUACCUCCGAGACCUCCCUGAGCCCGUGGUUCCCUGGAGCCAGUAUGAGGGCUUUCUGCUCUGUGGACAGCUCAUGAAUGCAGACGAGGCAAAGGCUCAGCAGGAGUUGGCGAAACAGCUCUCCAUCCUGCCCCGAGACAACUACAGCCUCCUCAGCUACAUCUGCAGGUUCCUCCAUGAAAUCCAGCUGAACUGUGCUGUCAACAAGAUGAGCGUGGACAACCUGGCCACUGUGAUCGGGGUGAAUCUCAUCAGGUCGAAGGUGGAAGACCCUGCUGUCAUCAUGCGAGGGACUCCUCAGAUCCAAAGGGUGAUGACGAUGAUGAUUAGAGACCACGAAGUCCUCUUCCCCAAGUCCAAGGAUGCACCCUUGUCUCCUCCUGCCCAGAAAAAUGACCCUAAGAAGGCACCCGUGGCCCGGAGCUCUGUGGGGUGGGAUGCCACUGAGGACCCCCCAAUUUCUCAGACAGACGGCUUCAGUAACAUGGCAAGUGACCCCGACCUAACACACCCCACGGGGCUCCAGCCCAGUGAUGGGCUUCUGGACGACUGCGGCAAACCCUCCCGGGAAAAGACCGGUGACUGGAAGCUGCAGUCUCGAAAAAGGACGCAGACACUCCCUAACCGGAAAUGUUUCUUGGCGUCGGCUCUGCACAGUGCCAACAGCGGCAAAGUGGAGAUCUUUAAAAAUGAGUUCUGGUCGCCCUCGGAGACCAAGGCCCGGGAAGGGCACCAGAGAACACAGUCUCAAGAUUGGCGCCACCUGCCUGACUUCCAGCGGACUUCUACCUACGACAACGUCCCUGCGCUCCCGGCAUCCCCUGAGGGCAAAGCGAGCGUGCCCUCUUCCCAAACCUGUGACUCCAAGACAGAUACUCAGACCAGCCCCGCCGCCGCCGGGCCAGGAGCCAAGGACUCUGCAGAAGACGACCCCGAGUCUUCCCAGAGAAUGGUCCAGGAGCUCCGGAAGGAAAUCGAGAGGCAGAAGCAGCUGUACGAAGAACAGAUUAAAAACCUGGAGAAGGAAAACUAUGAUGUCUGGGCGAAGGUGGUGAGGCUCAACGAAGAGCUGGAACAAGAGAAGAAGAAGUUUGCAGCCCUGGAAACCCGCUUCCGCAAUGUGGAGCGCUCCAGGGAGGACGUCGAGAAGAGGAACGAGGCCCUGGAAGAAGAAGUCAAGGUGUUGGUCAAAUCCACGAAGGAGCCCCCGGCUGAUGCCUGAGGUCCUGGGACUGCCCCACGGACAGCCUGGCCCUGGUGGGGCCAAUAUCACUGUCUGUCUCCGUGCUCCGAGUGAGGGCUUGGAGAACACAUCAGGAUGCCAAACAAUUCCAUGGGAUUUUGAGGAAGAGGAGGGUGAACAGGGACAUUGGUGGCCAUCCUGACUGUGUGGAAAGGUGGUGUUCUUCCCCUGUGGUCUUGGGCACAGUGAGACAGAACCUCCCACCACUGGACGCAUGUGUCCUUGGACACGUUUUGUGGGAAACCACAGCUGAGAACCCAGGAAACAAACAGUCUGGCUCCAAGGCAAACAACGGACUGGCUGGGCUGAGGCAACAGCUCCGUUCUGUUUUUUCUGGGCGGGACAACCCACUGUCAGGUGGCCUCAAGCCACCUCUGCGUCACAGAGACCAAAAAUGAUGCUCAACUUCCAAGGGCUCCCUCGUGGCAUUUUCUGUUUGGGGGGGACGGCACCUGCCAAAGCCAGAGUCCCAGUCUGCCAACCCUCCAUGACCCACACACUCCAGGGGGUGGAAACACAACAUUGUUAUUGGACUAAGGAAAAUCAAACAGGAUUGUAUUUAUAAAGACAAAAAUGAUAUCAAAUAAAGGAAGGAAAGUAGCA